AUGUUCAGGCUGGCCGAUCCUCUGAAUGUCAGACUUUUGGCUGGGGACAUCGACCAGCCAAAAGUCAGAAAUGCCUCCAUCCCAGAUUUUGUCACCCACAACUUGCUGGUUCAUAUCACAGGUAUCACAGAGGCUAUCCUGGGUUAUGGCCAUUCUGGGGCCAUAUCAUUAAUGGCCACCUCAGGGAGGAAGUGGGCUCAGGCUCCUCCUGGCAACCUCUCGCCCGAGGCGGCGGCGAGCUGCAAGCUAGGUGGAGCCGGCUGCGCGGCGGGACCCCAGCGCCCUGGGGCACGACCCUGGUGCUGGCGCCAGGGCGGCCGCGGGAGGUGGCGCGUGCAAGAGCGGAGAGUGUCACACACGCGGCGGCUCGGGAGGCGGAGGCAGUGGCAGCGACAGGCGCCGCCGGGACGGGCACGGGCGCGCGGGCGCCGGCUGCCUCCCUCCGUCGCUCGCUGUCUCUCCCGGCCGCAUUCUCCUCCGCUGCGGGGCCGAGCUCGCCCCAGCGCUCGCAGGAAGGAAGAAGGGAGCCAAGGACGCCGAGAAGUUCCCGCGGCAGCCGCGGAUCCCGGCCAAGGCGGAGGCUGCGGCUCCGACGGGGCAGGAGCGCGAUCCACGGCGGGGGGCGUACGGCCACAGGGUCCGCGGCGUGGAGCGCUCGGACCUUCCGCUCUCCCCCGGGCCGUGGGCCGGGACCCCAUGAGACGCGCCCACGAGGGGCGCGAGAGCCCUAGCUCGGGCGGCGCUAGGCGGAGGGCGGUGCUGCAGCUGCUGGAACCAGAGAGCUGCCGGCAGGAGGCGGCGGCGGCGAGAACUUGAACUUGGCGUCGGGAGCGGGCGCCCCGGACGCCCCCCGCCGGGGCCGGGGCGCCGAGGGACCUGCGCCGCAGCGCUGCCCCCCGAAUGGCCGCGGCGGCGGACCGGGCUCCCGCGCC